AUGUUUCGAGAGCUAUCGACCUCGGGUAUUUGUGGACACCUGCGAGGUUUCGCGACCUUACUCACGACCUUACCCUUCAUCCUCGCUACUUUUGAUAUCAGUGACCAUGAUGUUGAUUUCGCGCCAGGGGUCAACUCGAGGUCCCCGGGGUUUAGACGUCCUCGCGAAGAGCAUUCGGAGUCGCUUAAGCACUUUCAAAGCUUCACCUUAUCCUCGAGGAUUCCGACCGACUUCGGGAAAUGCUGA